AUGUGGCGCGUCGUCUCGGCGGUACUGGCGCUUCUAACGGCCAGCGUGCUCUACUUUGUCAUCCUCGUCUACAAGAAGCGGGCGGAGCUGGAUGGACUGGUGAGUUUCGAUCGCAUGAGGAGUUUCCUCAUAUUGCCUCCUCCCUAUCCCCGCGAGGAGCUUUUGGGUGUUGAUACUGAUACGGACCCCCAGCCACAACCGCCCAUGGAAGGUGGCAAGUUCUGGGGCCACCUGAAGAUCGCAGGGGAUUGCAAAAGACUGUUCCCGCCAAACUGCCACAUGCAGAACUGGGCGAAUUAUAUUAGGAAGAAGUAUGAUCUUGGUGAUGUCUUUUACGUCGACUGGUGGCCCCUCGGCCCUCGCUGGGUGUUCAUCGCCGACCCGGUCCUGGCGUCCAAGUUCCUGACGACAGGCCAAUCACUCCCCAAGUCACGCCUCGUCGUUACGUUCCUGGCCAAACUUUUGGGGCCGUCCAACAUGGUCAGUCUCGAAGGCCAGGCGUGGAAGUCUCUCCGGUCCAUCUUCAACCCGGGCUUUUCGGCCAGCCACUUGAUCACGUUGGUGCCCUACGUCGUGGACUCGAGCCUCGUGCUGCUCGACCUACUGCGAGAAAAGGCAAAGACGAAUGAACUCGUCGAACUGGAUCCCCUGACGAUCGGCUUCGCCAUCGACAUCAUCGGCAAGGUGGUCAUGGACUCGGACUUUGACAGCCAAAAGAAGCCCCACCCGAUCGUCACCACGUUCCGGAAACAGGUCCUCUUGAUGCCCAACGCCACGAGCAUCGGGCCAUUUGACGACAUCAACCUCCUCCGCCCGCUUCGACUGUGGUGGAACCGGCGCAAACUCGAUGCUCUGCUCGGCGCGGAAAUCGACAAGAAAGUCGCCGCGCGGAAGACCUUGCAAGAAAAGCAACAUCAGCAGCAGCAGGAGGCCAACGAGAAGCCCGCAAAGGACAGUCGAAAACGCUCGAUCGUCGACCUCGCGCUGGACGCGUACGAAAGGGAAGUCGGCGCGGGCACCGGGGUGACCAACUCCAGCUCCUUCCGGAACAUGGCCAUCGACAGCAUCAAGACCUUCAUCUUCGCCGGGCACGACACCACGUCCUCGACAAUCUCCUACAUCAUGUAUCUCCUCCACCUGCACCCGCAAGUGCACAAGAAGCUCGUCGAGGAACUGGACGCCGUCUACGGCGCCACCACCUCCGCCGAGGCGCGGGCCCUCCUCAUCAAAACAGACCCCCACAGCAUCAACAAGCUCGAGUAUCUGGGGGCGGUGAUCAAGGAAGUCCUGCGCCUGUUCCCCCCGGCGUCGACGAUCCGCGAACUGAAAUCCCCCUCGGACGUCUCCAUGGUCAAAACCACCUCCAUCAUCGACGGCAGUACAGGUGGCACGGAAUGCCCGCUCGUGGGCUACGACAUCUGGCCCGUCGCGCACAUGAUCCACCGCAACGAGGUCUAUUUCCCCGAACCUCUAGCUUUCAUUCCCGAAAGGUUCAUCCCGGGGCCCGAAAACCCGUUCCCGCACUGUAAACUGCACACCCCCGAGGGCAAGGACGCGUGGCGGCCGUUUGAAAAGGGCGCCCGCAACUGCAUCGGGCAGGAACUCGCGAUGAUGGAGGCCAAAGUCGUGGUCGCGCUGGUUGUCAGGGACGUGGAUUUCACGGCCGAGUUUGACGGGAAGAAGAUCGAGCCGGGCGACUGGGUACCCCUCGAGACGAGGGACGAGUUCAAGGAUGGCGUGGCGGGGGAGGAGAGGUUGACCGUCGAGGGGCAUCGGCCUUAUCAGGUGCUUUGUGGGGCCGCGAGGCCGACGGGCGGGAUGUCGGGGCGGUUGAGGAUGAGGCAGCACCUGGGGUAA